UUAUCAAAAUUUAUAAUAAUUUAGAUAGAAACCUAAAAGCAAGAUUACAUAUUUGCAUUUUCUCAUUGUAAUCUCAUUUAACGUCGGCCCAGCCCAACUUCAUCAGUGUUCUUCUUCAGCUCCCAAAAUCUUAUACUUCGUAGCAUUAGAAUGAAACCCGAGCCUUGUGAUUACAAGUCGCGAGGGUAGUGUUCUGAUAUCAGUGAGCAAUGGAAUUGGGAAGAAGAAGCAGGUGAUUUGGUCUCUUAUCAAAGAUUCAGUUCGCGAGUUUGAAACAGGUGAUCGCGAUUGCAAAACAUUUGCGCUUCCGGCGUCAUCCCUGUACUUGGAUUGUGUAUCAUUCAAAUUUCACUAAUUGAGUGCUGACCAGAGGACCGCGUUCAUCAAUCGAAUAGGGAUUCAAGGCAUGAGCUAGCUCCUUCUUGAAUAGCAACCCACUUGAACAAAUGGAGAGUUCAGACAUGAUUCAGAUUCUUGUGUUGUCACAGUUCCAUUGAUUUCUUCUUCAUGUGGGCAUGUUGGAUGGUCGCCCAUUCUUAAGUCCAUCCGUUCUUUCAAAGGAACCCCCCUCUUUGCUUUUCUCUCGAGAAAAGUGGUUGUCGGAAAAAAAGAAAUCAUCAGCCAUCAAUUGCAUAAUCGACCAUGAGCAGCUCUCUCCAUAUUUGUCUCAACAACUCACUUUGCCCAGAUCUCCGCCGUUCGGUUACUCUUAAAACUAGAACCUUUUUGGGUCCGUCCAACGGCGGGAGGGUGCUUAAUUGCGUCAAUGUGGAUGUGCGAGCGCCGGAUAAGGGGAAGUUUGGGGUUGGGGUGGCGAGCAAGGAGGUGAUGGAGGCAGAGGGGAGGUUACUGGUAGGGACGUAUGCUAGGUCCCCGGUGGUGCUUGCCAGUGGGAAGGGCUGUAAAUUGUAUGACUGUGAAGGGCGAGAGUAUUUGGACAUGACGGCUGGGAUUGCGGUGAACGCGCUUGGGCACAGCGAUCCCGACUGGCUGAGGGCGGUCAUGGGGCAGGCUGGUGUGCUCACGCAUGUCAGCAAUGUGUACUAUUCGAUUCCUCAGGUGGAGCUUGCCAAACUCCUUAUUGCUUGUUCUUUUGCUGAUCGUGUUUUCUUUUCAAAUUCUGGAACUGAAGCAAAUGAAGCUGCUAUCAAAUUUGCUAGAAAAUUCCAACGAUUUUCACAUCCUGAAGGGAAACAGCCACCAACAGAAUUCAUUUCUUUUACAAAUAGCUUCCAUGGAAGGACCAUGGGUGCUGUUGCCUUGACGAGCAAAAAGCAUUACAGAUCACCUUUUGAACCUGUCAUGCCUGGGGUUACUUUCUUAGAAUAUGGGAAUAUUCAGGCUGCCAGAGAACUUAUACAGUCUGGAAAAAUUGCUGCAGUAUUUGUGGAGCCCAUUCAAGGGGAAGGUGGCAUAUAUAGUGCCACAAAGGAUUUUUUGCAGUCCUUGCGCAGUUCUUGUGAUGAUGCUGGGUCUCUUCUAGUCUUUGAUGAGGUUCAAUGUGGCUUGGGUCGAACAGGUUAUCUAUGGGCAUACGAAGCAUAUGGUGUACUCCCAGACAUGAUGACACUUGCAAAGCCCCUUGCUGGAGGUCUCCCCAUUGGGGCCGUGCUAAUGACCCAGAGGGUUGCUGCUGCCAUAAGUUCCGGAGAUCACGGAAGCACGUUUGCUGGUGGACCUCUUGUUUGCAAUGCUGCCAUUUCUGUUUUGGACAAAAUAUCAAAACCAGCUUUCUUGGCCAGUGUCUCCAAGAAAGGGCAAUACCUGAAAGAACUGUUGAUGCAGAAACUGGGAGGAAACUCACACGUGAGAGAAGUAAGGGGUCUUGGGCUCAUAGUUGGGAUAGAAUUGGAUGUUGCUGCCUCGCCUCUAGUGGAUGCAUGUAGAAACUCAGGUCUUCUAAUAUUAACUGCAGGAAAAGGAAACAUAGUCAGGCUUGUUCCACCGUUAAUCAUUUCUGAGCAGGAAUUGCGCCAGGCGGCUGACAUUCUGCUUCAAUGUUUGCCCGUCCUGGACGAGAGUAGUUAAAAGUGGUCAAGAUAAAAAAAAUUUACGUCUGGUUUUCAAUAAAUUCCUGUAAACUCGUUUGUCCUAAUGAUGUUUAUGUAACAUUUGACACCAUGUAGUUUUAAUGAAGUAUAAUAUAGAAUAAGUAUUUUUCCAUGAAA